AUGCAAGACGCCACGACGCCGGUAUAUGAUCCUGUUGAUGCCAAUGAGAUGGAUAAUGAAAAAGAAAACUUUGCAGUUCCUCAGAAAACCAACUUUUUGUCUCCAAAGAGAGUUCAACAUCCGGCGAUUUUGUUGUUAGGACAGAUGGGAGCAGGAAAAAGCACUUUCGGAAAUUGGCUACUAGGAUUUGAUGAUAAGAACUGCAAUAGUUAUUCAUCAAAAACACUGACAAUCAUUAAAAGUUUUCUUGGCGAUCAAGCAUUGGAACAUAUGAUAGUCGCCUUCAGUCAUUGUAACGUAAAUCAAACAACGGAUGAUGAAAAUCUACAAAGAGCUCUGAAUAAUGAUAUGAAAUCCUUCCUCGCCUCAGUUAACAAUCGCUACAUAGUUUCACCCAAUCCCGAUCUAUUUCAUCAAGGUGAAGAAGUAGUGUGUAGUAACAUCGAAAAAGCAAAACUUCUUAUCGAUAGUUUCGAUGCGGCCUACACUACCGAAAUGUUCAAUAGAGUUCGAGAGGCUCGGGAGGCUAUCGAACGGGAACAAGAGGAACGUCUACCAACGUGGGUGAAAAUGCAAAUGGAUGAAUACGAGAGAGAGAUUCAAAAGCUGAAGGAAGAAGUGGACCGGGUAGGGCAAAGAGUGGCGUACAAUGAGGCAUCCGGAAAGUGCUUCAAGUUGGACACCAAAGUCAUACUUGAAAUCGGAAAGACGGUUCCUAUUUCAUCGGUGGUGGUGGGCGAUAGGGUUUGCGUAGACGCUAGCAAUGGACAUCUGGAAUUUUCAGAGGUGUACUUAAUCGCGCAUUACGACCCCGAAGCGGAAACUGAAUUCUUGAAAAUCGAGUUCACCUCACCGAGAACUGGAUUAACGGAUCAUCACAUAAUGAUCAAUAAUUAUUUCGAUUUUGCAAGAAAUGUUCAACCAUAUUCAACCCAACUUCGAGUGCUCAUUGAUUCUCAAAUGCAGCUCGUUCGAGUUGCUAAUGUAACGACGGAAAUUCACAAGGGUUAUAUUGCAAUAUUUACACGUGCCGGUACCUUGGUAGCUGAUAAUGUGAUGUGCUCAUGUUACGCGUCCGUUGCGCCAUAUCAGUCGACAAUAAAUGCCUUUUUAUCUCCUUUAAUGUUUUCCACGAAAUUAAAGAAAUCUGAUUAUAAUGGUAAAGAAGCACAUCCUUAUUUGGAAUUUUUAUAUAAUAGAUAUAGAAAUAUGAAUUGGGUUUUCGAAAAGGUUUCCGGAAAAGGAAUUUCCCAGUAA